AUUGACGUCAAUACAAGUAGGCGUGGCUAACCAAGCGAGCACGUCGAUCAAGCUUGUUUUCAAUGGCAGUCACCUAGAGUUGUGUGUUUUUGUAAUGGUUUGUUUUCAUAAAUAUUGUUUUAGCUAAUCUCCAGUAAUCAUGGUUAUUAUAUUCAGUAAUAUCAGAAUCUAAUAAUUGAAGCAAUUACAUUAUAAAGAUUUCAGAAUGGCUGCUGAAAAAACAUUUUCAACUCUACUUGUCACCGCGAAUGUUGGAUCAAUUUUUGAAGAUCCAUCUGUUAUGCUGAAAAUCUGGACCGAGGAAUUUCUAAGUACUGUGGCAAGACUUGAUCCAAAAUUUGUUGCUUUGCACUGCCAAGAAGUCGGCGGAAAAAAUUAUGAACAAAGCAUGAAAAAUGUGGAGUACUUUGUCGAAUUGUUGAUGACCAGUGAAGAGUUGAGGCUAUUCGACAAAGUUAGAGUAUUCCUAGAUGAGGAUUUCUCUUCUGCUGAAAACUUCACUGCACUGGGUAACUUCUACUUUAUACAUGAAUCUAUAACGGAUGUACUGAUGUGGGACUUUAAAGAGCUAAACUUCCAAGCAGUAGAAGGAAAAGAAGUACAUUCGGGCAAUAUCGAAGACAUUCCAACUAAAGAAAAAUCAAAAUUUCCUCAAGACUUUUUUCCCGAGUGCAAAUGGUCCAGAAAAGGCUUCCUGCGAACCAGAUGGAAUCUUAAUGGAACGAUAUUUGACUUGGUGAACAUCCAUCUCUUCCACGAUGCUUCCAACUUUGUUGCGAUGGAGUCUGUAAGUAUAAAUCAUAUUCUAUGUUCCAGAAUCGACGUGCCAACCAAUAAAUUGUUAUCUGUGUGCAGGUUCCAUACUGAUGAUUACGGCCCUGCUCCAUUCUUCUUAUUCGGAGAUUUCAAUUUUCGUACAGAUACUCAAGGUGUAAUAAAGAAACUGUCAGAAGGCUUGAAUCCUGUUAAAGUACAAAGUCAAAAGAACAACGAGAGUUCAAAAGUUUUAUACAAAGAUGACUCCACUAGUCAGGUCGUUCUUACUCUGGGGAAGAAAGAAUUCAAACAUCUUGAUCAUCAGAACAUGUUCAUCAGUGAUUCUGGAGAAUGGCUGAAAGAGUAUGAUCGUGAAAUGGAGGAGUUCUCGAACCAGCUGUUCGAGUUUCCUAUCGCAUUCCCUCCAAGCUACCCGUUCGAAGAGGACUCGAGCAAUGGCAAGCAGUACAUGCAGACCAGGUGUCCGGCAUGGUGCGACCGGGUGCUACUCAGCGAAACUGCCAAACAACUAGUCACAAGUAUAGAGGACGCAGAGUGCAUAGAAUAUGGAUUGAUCGGAAGUUCAAAAUGCAUGGGCGAUCAUAAGCCAGUCUACUUGAAGAUGCAACUAACGUCAGGAGCAGGUAGAGUUGUUUGCUGUGAAUCGACUUACUUGCCUGCUGGCAUGGUUGUUAGCCAGUGUGUUGACCACUCCCCUUGCCUGCUUACAAAUACUGCUACUCAUCCCAAAGAUUGUAACGAUUCAGAUAGUGCUAAGUGCGAAGCUUCGCCAGUUAUUCAGGAUACGUCUAUUGUAAAUAAUAUGGACGCUAACAGUAAUAAUGAUUCUGAUACUAAAUUAGACAAAACUCCAAACAACCAAACAGUGUUAUUUGAUUUGAACACGUCUGUCGAGAGUAUUGUAGGUUUUAAUGCAAAAGGCUGUGAUGAUAGUUCAGUGAGGAAUAGUAGACUUUACUCAGAAGGUAAUGCUAGGUCCGAUGUGGUAACAGACAUCAAAGAAAAGCCUAGACUUAAUAGUUUAAAAGAAGAUGCGCCAGAUUGUAAAAUUUACAGAGUUACAGCCCAAGAGGCCAAGUUUCUCGAGAGAUAUAUUGUGAAAAGAGUGCAAUCUGCAUCGAUAGUUGAAGUGCCAAGGUCUGGUGCCAUGAAAGCGGGCAGUUGUCGCUGCAUGAGUGACUACGGUGGCUGGCGAACGAGGUCGGCCUCUGUAUCCAGCAGAAACUGUUGGAGGAGCAAUUCCAAAGUGAAACUGAUCUCUGAUCCCAAUCUGCAAUCAUCACUGCUCAGGCUGCAGAGUCAUCACAGCUCCUCAGAUGAGGAUUGGUUCGAGGAAGUCGGCGAUGAAGGUCAAGAUACCAGAAAGCCAUCUAUCAUUUCUGCCGAAAACUAUGACAUUCACUUGAAAAACAAGGAACCAGAAGAUGAGUGCUCAGCAGCCACCCGAACAGGUGUAGACGAGCCCAGCUCGGAGCCCGCUAUACAGAAAAUAAACUCUGAAUCGUUGCAUUCUUUGAACUCACACAAAUGUUUUCCUUUUCGUUGCAAAUUGAGUGGUAGUAAACGCUUGUCCCGUAAGUACAAGAAACGAUGUAGCAAUACACAAAAAUUAGCCGACGAAAAGGAUGAAAAUUGUUGCUCCAUAUGUUGAACACAUUUCAGCUCUGUAAUGUUAUGCUAUUUUGUUCGUAGAACAUGUUUGGUUAUGCUAAUGCACUUUAAUGUUAACAAGUGAAAAUAACUGGUUAAAUUCAAUUGACUCUAUCGUAUCCUUCAAAUUACAAAUUUCGACAAGAACUUUCACUAAUCUAGCGAGUUGAAAAUAACUUUGAUACUUUAUCACGUCUUCCAAUAAUUUCUCCUCAGUGAUUGAAACAAGUUCUUUUGAUUCUUGAAUUAUUCAGUAUAUCUCAGUUCCAUGAAACCUUAUGUGUCUUCAAUUGGAUCCCUGACAGCUCUAUGUACCAGUUAUUUUGACAGUCUAUACAGAGUAUUUUCUUUGUGUAUAUUUUUUCCAAUGAAAUGUAGUGGCUAUGUCGUAGAACCUUGUGUUUGUUGGUUUUAUUUAUUUUUAUUAAUAGCACUCAUUUAUUUUUAGCUAUUCUAUAACCAAUAAUUUUUGAGUUACCAUGAAUGCUCAAAUGAUAAUUCAUUUUACAUUGAUCGCACACCGUAGGAAGACUGAUUAUAAUAAAGAAUACUCUGAAGUUUGCAUUUUAACACGACGUAUUCUCCUCUAUCGCCACCUUUCAUUUUCUCAUUAUUAAAUCAAUUGAAUAGUUUCAAGUUGGCAACUAAUACCUCCAAAAAUAAGAAAAUUCAUCUAUUAAUUUAAGUUUUUUUUCAACUAUGUUUAUCACCUAGUUUAGUGGCUUAUAACAUCACGAAUUUCAAACAAAAUGCCAAACCGUUUUAGUUUCACUAUUCUUUCUACAAAACAAAGAUGCAAAAAUUGGAUUUCAAAAUGAAGUAUCCUGACCAUUUUGUUUAUUGGACAAAAUCGUAUUGAUGAGCUGGUUUGUACAAAUUAAUUUUCUUCAAAGUUCAUAAAAUAUAAGAUGGUUUGAACAUGCUUUUCAGCAUUUCUGAUUCUUUUUGUAAAAUAAACUUGAGUAUUGGUAUUAAAAUAUUAGGUCUCAUAUAGAUUUUUCAAAGAACUUUCUCGAAUUGAAAGCCUGGUAUUAAAUUCAUUUAAUUCAGAUACAUAACAAUUUUCAAAAUUAUCACUCUGAAAAAACAACCGUCUAUAUAUUUUUUUUAUUUAAUACUUUUAUAUUAAAUCACUUUAAGAGGUAUGUUUUUCUGUCAUUUGUUGUGUAAUAUAGAAAUUUAAACUUGCUUCUCAAUUAUACUUUAUUAAGCACAAUUUUUUUCUAAUCAUUUUUAUUCUCAGAUUUCUUAUCUAGUAACCUAUCUACAUGCAUUACCGAUCUAUUCAAAUUUUAUUUUGUGUAUCAUAUCAGUUUAUUUCUGGCGUAACUGUUUAACUAGUCAUAUUAUUUCGUGUUUGCUAGUUUAUUCAUCUGUAGAGUGUAUUUCUGCUGUUUCUGCGGCAAAGUUGAUGGUUAUUCUGAUUUUUUGAAAUUUAUCUAUUUUUAUUUUUAUUAAUCUGCACAUAACUAACUUAUAAACUCUGUUGUAUAUCCAUACUUCUUCACUGUAAUUAAACUUGAAUUUUAAAAAACACUUUGGAAGUGAAAAUGCACUUACUUUUGUAGUGACGAUCGUUUCGACCUGUUGUUGGUCAUCAUCAGACUGUCUAUGCUGACCAACAACAGGUCGAAACGAUCGUCACUACAAAAGUAAGUGCAUUUUCACUUCAAAAGUGUUUUUUAAAAUUCAAGUUCAACUUAUAAAAUUAUUUGUCGUAUUAAAUUUGCUCUUAUUACUGUUUCCCCGGCAGUUCUAAGUUAAUUUUAACCAAUUUGACCAAAGAUCCGAUAUUGUUAAAUUUGAAUAAAAUAUAAAACAUUCAAAGUAACUUGUCCAGAUUGCACACAUUCAUUUCUUUAAAGAAAUAAUGAAAAUUCAACUCUUCCACAUUAUUAAUUCUGAUAUUGUUCAUCCAAUUACCGGUACAUUUAUAGAUAACAUUCUGUCUGACCCAGUUUGCAUGACUAAUAACCAAAAUAAAAUUAUUGAAUAGAAACAGAAAAGUCAAUAAGAUUCAGUAUUUAAGAUUAAGAAAAAAACUCAAAUACAAAUUAUAAAUAGCUAUGCAAUCUUUCCUAUGCUUGUUUUACCGACACUGAUAAGAGUUGUAAAACUGAAUUUUGAAGCUUUGAUUCUACCAUAGAGAAACAAUAGCGUAAGUUGCUACUGUUGGUUAUUAUUACUUACGGCUUAAGCUAUUGUUUCUCUAUAAUUCUACUUACCGUCCAUAACAAAUCAUUGUUUACAUAACGUCAUCCCUGUCAUCGAAUUGAUGAGACUUUCUUGGUAAAAUAUAUUUUUCAUUAAUUAUUAUUAUUGAUCCACCCCAAUUCUGAUGGUUUCUUAUUCAUUUCCUCUUUUCGUUGGGGCUCAAUACCUGAACGGAUUGAUCAUUUCAAAAUUAGACUUCAUAAGGAAUAAAACUCAAAAUUUAUUCUAUUCUAUAUUAUUUAUUAAGUUUAAUCUACACUGUCUGAAGUGUAAAAAUGUAUUAUUUAGCAGUUUUUCCAUGAGAAUAAGUAAUUACAAAUCACAUAAAAUUCUCUUACUUAUCUAUUUUACCCAGGUGAUUGUUCUGUUUGCACUAUUGUUUUGUUUUGUAUCGAAUACUUGACUUUGAAUUUUCAUUUAACUCCAUUAAUAUGCUAGAAAUAAUAAUAACGUGUUACCUCAUCAACUACUACCAUUAGUGUUAUUGUCAUUAGUAUUGUAUGCAAUUCAAUGUAUAUAAUUAUAUUUGGUUUUACAUGAUAUUAUUAUCUUUUCUUAUUCACUAAAUUUUUUAAAAUGCGCCUAUAUAAGAAUUGAUUAUUCAAUUUUCAACCAAUUCAUUUUGUUCUAUCAUUAUUCCGAAAAAUAUUUUCUAUUUUGCUCCACUGUUUUAAAUAUAUUUUUCUUUACUUACCUACAA